UGUCGGUCUUAAAAACCACACGUGGAGUGCUAAAGUUAGUUCAGGGAAACGGGACUGUUGCUGCAAGAGAUGGCGUCCACUUCUAGUGCUGUAGAUGUCUCUCUGUCCUCUCCGUGUGUCAGCUCCCCCCCUCAAGCUAUCAACGAGUCUGGCUAUUGCAGCGACACUGUGGUACACUCCAGCACGGAGCUGCAGUCUGCGAGUUCAUCUGAUGCAGGGAGCAGUGUCCAGUUGGUGCCAGGCGACUCUAACUCACCCCUGGCACUACUCAUGGAGCGAACUGGCUGCAUCAUUAUUCAACAGAACGGUCAGAGACGCUAUGGACCAGCUACCACCUGGGAUGGACCUCCUCCAGCCAGGGGCACAGAGGUGUUUGUUGGUAAGAUCCCGAGAGACUGUUUUGAAGAUGAGCUAGUUCCCGUGUUUGAGGGAUGUGGCAAUAUAUACGAGCUUCGUCUCAUGAUGGACCAUCACACUGGCCAGAACAGAGGAUAUGCUUUUGUUGUCUACUCUACUGUAAGAGAGGCAAAGGAAUGUGUCAAAAACUUGAAUAAUUAUGAGAUCCGCAAAGGCCGCACUCUAGGCAUCUGCAUGAGUGUUGAUAACUGCAGGCUCUUUAUUGGUGGCAUCCCAAAGAGAGUCUCAAAGAGUGACAUAAUGCAGGAGAUGCAUUGCGUCACUGAAGGUGUUGUAGAUGUUAUAGUAUAUCCAUCAGCUGUUGACAAGACCAAGAAUCGUGGCUUUGCCUUCAUUGAGUAUGAAAGUCAUCGCUCUGCAGCCAUGGCUCGCAAGAAACUAAUGACAGGCAGAGUGCAGCUCUGGGGCCACAGUAUUGCAGUGGAUUGGGCUGAACCAGAGCUGGAGGUGGACCAGGAGAUCAUGGCACAGGUCAAGGUACUGUAUGUGAGGAACCUCAUGCUCAGCACGACAGAGGCCACCAUUGAGGAAGUGUUCAGUCUGCACUCUCUAGUGGAAAGAGUCAAGAAAAUCAAAGAUUAUGCCUUCGUCCACUACACCAGUCGCAAUGAUGCUCUACAAGCAAUGAAAGAUUUAAAUGGGUCCCUCCUUGAUGGAGCAGAGAUAGAGGUGUCACUGGCUAAACCAGUGGACAAGGAUACUUACAUGAGGAGCCCAAAGUUCCAACGCCAACAUUUCAACACCACAGUGUAUGUUCCUGUCGACCAGUACGGGAGUGUACUUCCUUUCUAUCCCAGUUAUGUCUCAUCACCAAAGUACAUGCUACGUAACAGUAUGGGAGCUUGUACAAUGCUCCGUCUACCACGAUCUCCCGGACCAAGGCCUGGAAUGUUCGCUCUCUCCCCAGCUACUCAGACACGCUUUGUUUUCCCAGCCUCUCCCAUUCGCUCCAAUACACCAGCACUGCCACCCACGUAUGAGCCUGCACGUGCUCCUACUGUGUGUGAUGAGUCCCCACUCUACUCAGCUGGUGUUCAUCCAUCCCCUCAUGUCAUCAAGAAGUCAUCAGUGCAGCUCCUUGAGGAAGUCUGUGCUAAGAAUGGCUGGGGCUCUCCACACUACAACCUUCACUCCACAUCCAGUCAGAAUCAGAGUGGAGAAGAUGUUUUAUUUCUCUUCAAGAUCACCAUAGCAGCCGUUGGCUACACUUACAUGCCCACCAAACUCAGUAGAACAGUUGAAGAUGCUCGUGUCCUGGCCGCCGACCACACCCUCUCAAGUCUCAGAUAUCCCAUAGAAGGGUAUCAGAUGGUUCGCCCAGCUCCUCUACAAUAUACUGAGUUACCUAGUACUGCUAACUAUGUUACACUUCAAAACUCCACCAAACCAGCCUGGAUGGGAGCAGGAGGAGAGAUGUAUGCUCCAGCCACUUACGUCGAUGCUCCCAUGCAAGCAGCCUUCACUCCAGACAUGUAUCAGCAAGGCUUUUGAUGACUCAAACUUUGCACCUUUUUGUCUGUAUUUGCACGUAUUUUCAAGCCUGCCAUGCCAGGCUAUAAUCACCGCAAGGUGUUUUAUUUGGUUUGUGCUGUGUAUGUAUGUGUGUCAGGUGCGUGCACUUGGAUGGAAUGUGAUUCGAUUUUCUUUUUAGUAUGCUUAUUAUGAUAAGCCAUUAUCAUGUGUUGUGUUGUUGCACAUAAUAUUUGAACUAAAAAGAUUAUCGGCACGAAAAUAA